CCAAAUAUCUGUAUUUGGAUUUCUAAGUGAAAUGAGUCACCACGUUGGUGUGCAACGCCCACUAACAACAGUUGGAGGUGCAGAAGAUGAACAACUUGUUUCUCUUGGUGACUGUCUUCCAAAUCAUACAGUGCCUUCAGAGGAGAACCCAGGGGAGCAGAAUCAAGUUUUUGAUGAAGAGGUUUUGGAGCCUAAUGUUGCUGGAAGGCGUCGGAGAGAAAACAUCUAUCAAGUUGAAGAAAACACAAACCAAAUCGACGGUGCUAAUGUAUUGGGUCUACCGGAAGCUAGAGCACGUAGGCCGACGAGCAGUAGAAGAGGAAGGGGCCGAAGGACCAGAGGUAGAAGAGGAGGUAACCACCAAAUUGAAGAUGUGACUCCGCCACUGGCUGAGAUGCAGCGAGCACAAUCCGACGUAAGACCAUCGCGGUACAUAAAUUACAGGCUCGUGCCGACCAUCAAUGACACUACUGAAUUCAUGACAUCUCAUGAAAUCGAGCGGCAGAUUAGCGAAAUAAAAAUGGGCCUCGCUGUAAACGACGAAGGGGCUUCAGAACCAGGAAGUGGAGACACGCAUGGCCACACCUUGUGGACACAAUGUAGUGUGCAGGCCGUGCGCCGUCUCUAUGACCGAGGAUGAAACAUUUCAUCAGGUCACAAAUGGCGAUGGAACUAUUUUUACAACACAUAUACGCCUGCCACUAACAUGUCCUAUUUGUAGAGCAAUUGUUGGUGCUUUUGUAAAACCAUUUU